GCAAGACCGGAUACGGGAAGUGGUUGAGAAAAAGAUGGCAAGUCAUGGGCUCGGCGUUGCUGUGUUCUUGUUGGUUGCUACGGCAAUCCUUGUGGCCGAAUCAGAACCGAACCGGGUCGAGUCUGAACAAUUACAGGACGUCAGCGGGAGUCCUGAAGCUAUCGCAGAAGGCGGUUUCAAAACCGGGGACGGAACUAGUGAAACAAUACCGGGUCAGGCCGAGGUUCAUCGGCACCCGAUAGAGACUGGACAGGCGGAUUCCGUGUCGAUCGAGGUGGGAUCGGAUCGGGUCGAGGUGCCAGUCGCAGAUGAAGAGCUGGAACAUCUUCAAGCAGAAUUUGAUUUGCAGGAUGCACCGCAGCAGACAGAACCGGUACCGACUCACCGAGACCACUUUGCGGAAGAGCUGGUUAUCAGACCCUUGCUGUCCGGGGAUAUUUACACCAAUUUCCAGUUCCGCACCCGCUGGGAUACAGACCUGCACCGGGGGAAAAAAGUGUCUCACUACAGGCUGUUCCCCAAGUCCCUGGGCCAGGUCAUCUCCAAGUUCUCUGUGCGGGAGCUGCACAUCUCCUUCACACAGGGCUUCUGGAGGAGCGCGCAGUGGGGCCAGCCGCUCCUGCCUGCCCCCCCUGGGGCAGAGCUCUGGGUGUGGUUCCAGGACAGCGUGGCAGAUGUGGACGUUGCCUGGAGGGAGCUGACCAGCGUCCUGUCUGGGAUCUUCUGCGCCUCUCUCAACUUCAUCGAUUCGACCAACACAGUGCAGCCCAGCGCCUCCUUCAAACCCCUGGGCCUCGGGAAUGUUACAGAGCAGCGUUUCCUGCGCUAUGCUGUGCUGCCUCGGGAGAUCGUGUGCACUGAGAACCUCACACCCUGGAAGAAGCUGCUGCCCUGUGAAUCCCAGGCUGGCCUGGCUGUGCUGCUCAAGUCAGAGAAGCUCUUCCACAGCAGCUACCACUCCCAGGCUGUGCACAUCCGCCCAGUCUGCAAGGACUCUGCGUGCAGGGAGACAUCCUGGGAACUGAGCCAGACCCUGGGCAUUGUCUUCGACCUGCACGCCUCGGGGCAGAGCAAGAGAGAGUGGUCUUUGUUCAAGAUGUUCUCCCGCACACUCACUGAGCCCUGUCCCCUGGCCUCCAGCAGCAAAGUGUACGUGGACGUCACUGACAACCCCCAGGGGGAGGAGCUGUUCGAUCUGAGCCCUGCGGUGUCCUUGCAGACCCAGGUGGUGGUCCUGGGGGAUCGCAGGACGUUCACAGUGUACGACCUCAUGACCCCUGAGCUCUACGGCCCCACGCGCUCCCUGAACAUCCUCCUGAAGUGGAGGCAGCAGGACAGCGUGGACAUGCAGCGCCCCAUUCUGCACACGGAGCGCUAUGUGAGCGGCUACGGGCUGCAGACGGGCGAGAUCAACACCCUGCUCUACAACAGCCACCCGUUCCGGGCGUUCCCUGUGCUGCUGAUGGAGACGGUGCCGUGGUACCUGCGGCUGUACAUCCACACCCUGACCGUGCAGAGCAAGGGCAAAGAGAACAAGCCCAGUUAUAUCCACUACCUGCCCUCGAAGGAUCGACAGCGCCCCCACCUGUUGGAGAUGUUAGUGCAGCUGCCCCCCCACUCCGUCACGAAGGUCACAGUGCAAUUUGAGAGGGCUCUGCUCAAGUGGACUGAGUACACGCCUGACCCCAACCAUGGCUUCUACGUCAGCUCCUCAGUUGUUAGCGCUAUGGUGCCAAGCGUGGUUGCCAUGGAUACCAAUAGCACAGAGGAACGCCCCCUUUUCACCACCCUGUUCCCCAGUACAGAGGAGUCCAGCUACUUCAUACGUGUGUACAGUGAGCCCCUGCUGGUGAACUUGCCCACCCCGGACUUCAGCAUGCCCUACAACGUCAUCUGCCUGACCUGCACGGUGGUGGCCGUGGGCUACGGCUCUCUCUACAACCUGCUGACCCGCACCUUCCAGGUCGAGGAGCCCAGCGGCGGGCUGGCCAAGCGGCUGGCUAACGUCAUCCGCAGGCUGAGGGGAGUACCGGCACUGUGAGAGGGGCAGGGGGAGAGAGAGAGCCCCCACAGACUCUAACACAUUGAGCAGGGCACUCCCGGUGUGCUGGGGCCCAGGGGAGAGGAGAGGAGAGGGGCUCCAUUUAAUAACAUACACAAAUGUGCAGUUCUGCAGCCCACCAAUCACAGGGCUACUGUUUCUGCUGAUGCUGCUAGUUCAUUGUGACAUUUCCAUUUGUACUUUAAGUCCUUACAUGGGGUGAAAUUGCUGGAAGAAAAUGCCCCCUGCUACUACUUGCUUUAAAAGUAGCCUUGUGUUUUUUGGGCUUAAGAUUCUUGAUGAAAAUAUUAGGAAAAACCUUUGCUAUUCAGAAAGUUUAGAAAAGUUAUAAAAGAAAUUCCCCAGUGGCAUGUAAAAAUAAUUAAAGUAAAACCUGGAAAUAAUCGG